AUUUGGUAGAUUUAACUAAAAACAUUCAAAAACUUUUAGGUAGUAGACAUCCUUUCUUGAAUAACGUUAGUAAAUAUUAUUUUAAAUCUGAAGGAAAGCGUAUAAGACCCUUACUUGUACUAUUGAUGUCUCAAGCGACAAGCAUUGCAGCCAAACAAUAUAAAACAAGUGCAACGGACUUUUAUCAAAUUACAGAUAAACCCUUGACGACACAUAAUGAUAUAUUAUCUUGUAAUAAUAAGGAUACAAUUUAUUAUCCAACAUUUUCAUCUUCUGGGACGACUAUCCUUCCAACACAGCGCCGUUUAGCGGAAAUAACUGAAAUGAUACAUACAGCAUCUUUACUUCAUGAUGAUGUUAUUGAUAAUUCUCAGAUGCGUCGUAACGAUAUUUCCGCAAAUUCAAACUUUGGAAAUAAAAUGACAAUUCUUGCGGGUGAUUUUCUGCUUGCUCGUGCUUCUAUUGCUUUAGCACGCUUACGAAAUCCAGAAGUAAUCGAGUUGAUAGCUACAAUUAUUGCUAAUCUUGUUGAAGGUGAAUUUAUGCAGCUUAAAAAUGGUAAAGAUGGUACUAUGUCAAUAUUCGAAUAUUACAUGGAAAAAACGUAUAUGAAGACGGCGAGUUUAAUGGCAAAAAGUUGUCAGGCUGCAUCAGUAUUAGGAGGUGCUACUUUAGAAGUUUGUGACAUUGCUUAUACCUAUGGUCGUAAUUUAGGACUAGCUUUUCAGUUGAUAGAUGAUAUGUUGGAUUUUAUGACCACAUCCAAGGAAUUAGGAAAACCAACAGGUGCAGACCUAAAAUUGGGGUUGGCCACAGCACCAGUGUUAUAUGCUUGGGAAGAAUAUUCAGAGUUGGGACCAUUAAUCAAACGCAAUUUUUCUCAAGAUGGUGAUGCCGAAAAGGCGCGAGGAUUGGUUUACAAGAGUAAUGGAAUUGAACAGACAAAACUUUUAGCAGCAUCUCAUUGUCAAAAGGCUAUCGAUGCUAUAACACGAUUACCAAAAUCUGAUGCACGAAAUGCACUAAUUGAGCUUACGCAAAAGGUCCUUACCAGGAGAAAAUAG